UUGGCUGAUGGGAGAUGAUUCAUAGGAGCAGAAAAUAACACAUUUGGUACAUUUGUGGAUGACAUACAGUACUGCCAUACAAUUAAGUUUAAUAACUAGGGUGGUAGAUGUUACAAUAUUCCUGUAAUAUUUAAGUAUAAUAUGUUCCUGCAUGUCCAGAACAGAAAAGUGAACACGAAACAGGAACCAGACUGCUGUGAAUCAAACUUUGCGAGGUCACCGGGUGUAAUCUCUGGAGCUGCUCCACAGAGAAUAAACUGAAAGAUUGUGAGCAAUCAUUGGGAAAGCAGCCAGGCACAUUUUGUAGCGUAGCCUUCCUAUCGCAUAGGAACACUGCUGAGGAACAAAGGUCAUUUGUGUACAAUAAAGCUCAAAUUAAUAUUUUACAGGUCCACAAAAUGAGUCUCUCAGUCAUGGCAGCAACUCUUGGUUUUAAAUCUGUUGCACAUUCACAUUUUAAAAUCAAAAUGUUCUCAUUUCUUGCUGUUUGUGAUCUUAUAUAACACAUGGACUAUUGCAGGUGGUAGAUAAAUAUACAGUCUCAAUGGAAAAAUGGUGUCCAGUUAAUGUUUUGAAUGUUGAGGGAGGGGUGUGUUGCUUUCUACCACAGCUGCAACUAACAAUUAUGUUCUUUAUUGUUUAAUCUACCAAUUACAUUCUCAAUUAAUCGCUAAAUCUUUUGUUCCAUAAAAUGUUGGAAAAUAGUGACAAAUCCUUUCUCAAUCCAAUUUCUCAAUUCCGAGGUUGAUAUGUUUACUUCCUGUUUAGUCUGACCAACAGUAACAGUAUUAUUGAAGACUACAAAAAACAGCACUGGAGAGGCUGGAAUCAGGGAAUUUUGGAUAUUUUUGCUUAGAAAAAGCUGAUUAAUAUAUUAUCAAACUAAGUGAUUAAUCGACUAAUAGUUUCAGCUCUAGAUUCUGCUACUGUUUAAAAUUCCUGUGAGACAGUGAGACUUUUAUGCUUUCAAUUUUGGAAGUUCUUCAGGCCAAAUGUUACAUAAACCAGGUCAACUCAAUAUUCAGUAAACAAGGUGUCAGCUCUCUGGUAAACAAAGAACCUGUUUGAUCUUGUUGCUUGUUUUUAAUUUUAACAACACCUUAUACUGGCACGAAUCUUCGUGACAUAGAUUUCCUUGAUGCAUUGUGGUGUGAAUUAUAUAAAAUCAAGGAAGUGGGGGAAACAGCAUACCUUAAUGACUGUUUGAAAAUAGAAAUGGUUGUGGCUUUAAUUACCUUCCCAUCACCUCCUGACAGUAAUAAUCUUUACUUCAUUACAUCACUGAGUAACAACUGGGCUUCUCUACAAUCAAGUCAUUUUGCCCAGCCACCUUAAACUCGCUCCCGUCUGCGCGCCCCCGCGGGUGCUGAGAGAGGAGCUGUCGGCAGUGAGAUCAUGUGAGAGUCCACGCUUAGAGAAAGUAGGUUAGCAGGGUAGACUGAGAGGAAAGCAGGCGGAGAGUCACAGCGCGGAGUCUAAGCACCGCUGGACCACCGUGGGACUAUUCUGUCAAAAAAAAGUUCUGCCAAAAUCUUUUCGCCAGUGCGCCGAGACGGUUACGAUGCAAUCCAAAGCGACUUUCUCCACUCUUUUAUUUUGCUCGGACUUGACCGAGCGUUAAAGGAGUUUCGGGUAGUUUUCUUCUCUGUUUUUUUUUUCCUGGUCGUGCUUUACGAGAGCUGUCUGCAGCCGGGACGAAGUUAAUAUUUACAGAGCCAGUGCACUCUGGAUCCAGCGCUUUAUUCUCCUUAUCCUGGCAGCUACAGUAACCACAUGUAGUCGAGUUUUCGUCGUCCAGCCCAGAAAAACAAAACAUCAAAAAUGAGAGCUCAAAUCGAGGUCAUCCCCUGUAAGAUCUGUGGGGACAAGUCCUCGGGAAUCCACUAUGGAGUCAUCACCUGCGAAGGCUGCAAGGGUUUUUUCCGUCGCAGCCAGCAGAACAAUGCCAUGUACUCUUGUUCCCGCCAGAGGAACUGCCUGAUCGACCGAACUAACCGUAACCGCUGCCAGCACUGCCGCCUGCAGAAGUGUCUGGCUUUGGGCAUGAGCAGAGAUGCGGUGAAGUUCGGCCGUAUGUCCAAGAAGCAGCGUGACAGCCUGUACGCUGAGGUGCAAAAGCACCAGAAGUCCCAGGAGUGUGUGACCUCUGGGGGCGGGGGCUCCACUACUCUGUCUUUACCCAGGGAGGAUGGUGUCUGCAGCGGUAGUGGCGAGGAUGGUGAAGAGGGCCUGAGCCGGUCCUACAGCAGCGGGGGCUCCAGCUCCACCCUCAGCGACCUCGAUGACAUUGCAGCGCUGCCCGACCUGUUUGACCUGCCACUGACCCCCGAGGAGGCCAGCGAGUACUGCAGCCUGGAGCUGCUUGGCGGUGGGGCGAGCACCGGAAACACCUCCAACUCAUCGUCCUCUUCUUCCUCUUCCUCAUCCUUGUCCAAUCAGAAUUCGCCGCAGCAGACUAUUCUGGAUGGGGCAGACAGCAAUGGAAUCCAGCUCCUGCAUACACACUCUCACACACAUCCGCUGCUGGGACACACACAUGCAUUGCUGGACCAUCUACCUGAUGACUGCUCAAUAACAGACCUCGAGCACAUCACUCAGAGUAUUGUUAAAUCUCACUUGGAGACGUGUCAGUACAGCGCUGAAGACAUGAAGAGAUUCACCUGGGUACAAUACACACCCGAGGAAACACGCGCUUUUCAGAACAAGUCAGCUGAGUGGAUGUGGCAGCAGUGUGCACACCACAUUACCAAUGCCAUCCAGUAUGUGGUGGAGUUUGCCAAACGCAUUGCUGGCUUUAUGGACCUAUGCCAGAAUGAUCAGAUUAUAUUGCUGAAAGCAGGCUGUCUGGAGGUCCUGCUGAUACGUAUGUGCCGAGCUUUUAACGUCAACAACAGCACCAUUUUCUUCAAUGGAAAAUUUGCCUCAGCUCAGUUCUUCAAAGCACUUGGUUGUGAUGACCUGGUCAGCGCAGUGUUUGACCUGGGUAAAGGGCUGUGCCGUCUACAGCUGUCUGAUGAAGAGAUGGCUCUGUUCAGCGCAGCCGUUCUGCUAUCCCCUGAUCGACCCUGGCUGACAGAAGGCCAGAAGGUUCAGAAGCUCCAGGAGAAAGUCUACCUGGCUCUGCAGCACAGUCUACAUAAGAGCGGUGCUUCUGAUGAGAAACUAGACAAGAUGGUGUCCAAGCUUCCUAUAAUGAAGUCAAUCUGUAACCUCCACAUUGACAAACUGGAGUUUUUCCGUUUGGUCCACCCAGAGACCGCCUACAGUUUCCCUCCACUCUACCGGGAAGUUUUUGGCAGCGAGAUGUCUCUGCCCGACUCCACCGACAGCUAGACGGACAGAUAAACAGACAGAGAGAUGGAGAGAGUGUAUUAAGAGGAAGGGAAGCAAAAGGAGAGACAGAGAAGGAUAGAGAUGUUGAAGCUCAACAACCAGCAGUUAAAGAGACAAUCCAGGACUUUAAAUACUCCGUCUCCCAUGAUUCCAAAGUAGUCCUCCACUUUCCCAGCAGGCAAAGCACCUUACACUACAGACCACACAUGCUCAUGGUCCUCUGCAUAUUGUAGCAUUAAUAACAAGCGGACGGGCAUCGUAAUAAUAACACAGCAGCCCACCUAGCAUGAGACAGCGCUAAGCUCUAACACCUGUCUAACAUGUGAUCCUGUGUGGAUCACCCAGCCAGUUAUGAAUGUACCUCAUCGAUAAGCACCAGUGCACAAGCCAGAAUCCAACAACAGUGAAUGUACAACCCUGCUCUCUUGGACAGAGUUUUACACAUAGUAUUAGAAUGAAGUUGUGUUGAUCAGCAGGUCUCAAUAUUAAUAGAGUUCUCAGUCAAUAUUGUAUAUCUCUCAAUUGAUGCAUCUCAGUAUGGUACGCAUGCGUAUUCAUACAUACAAUAUACGUGUACUGACCAUCACUUAGGGACCAAGAUCAUGAGUCAUUUUUUUUGACAUAAACAGAAACACACAGAUAUAAUAUGACUCAUGGCUUCAGCUGACCUCCUUUAAUCAGCUGAGAACCAGUCUCACACGCAUUUAGACAGUGUUCGGUGCUGCCUUAUGAAGGCUCUUGUAAUGCAAUGAGAAACCUCAGUCCCACACACCCCUUUCCUUGUAAAUGCCACUUAGAGACAGGACAAGAUGAAAUUAUCUUUAAUUUAUAUACACAUUUAUAAACAAAUAUUUUAAAUAAGAAUGUAAAUAGAUGACUAUAUAAGUAUAUGGAGAGAGAGAGUUAGAAUGUGUGAGUUCAGUUCAGAGCGAAAGGGAGAGAAAAGUGGAUAGUAAGAUGUUGAGGGGGGGAGACAAAAAGGCGGAUACGUCGGGAAAGCUGAUAUUUGGACUCAAUCUUUUUCUGGACUAUUUUCCUCUCUUGACAGUACUCUCAGGUUUCCAUGGCAACAAACCCCUCUUGCCCUGACGGCAAACCCAGCGGGGUUUCGGGGUUGCGGUCAUCAUGCAAGCGAUGGGGUGGACACUUGUUGCAUAUGCGACACAGCAGGGGAGGCAGUGUACCCAAACGAAGGUGAAAAAAUGAUUGCCUUUGUCUUGCAUUUAAGCUGAGAGCUUUGAUUCUGCGCUGUUGCUGACCCCAUCCUCCCUGCCUAAAGAGACAUGAGGACAAACAGGACACUAAGGAACAGAGAAAGCAAGGCAAAAGAUGACUUCAUGAACUGUAUAAUAAAAAGGGGAUACACAGCGUCUCCCCACCUGUUUCUAACCAGCAGUCAGUACAGUAGGUGUAGUAUAUUUGUCAAUCACUCAUAUUGUUUCAGUUGGUUAAAAGCCCUGACAACGAUGGUCCAUCAUAUGUAUCAUAAACCCUCCUUGCUGGUUGGAGCAGCUGUAUUAUUUUGUACAUUUGCUGUUCCUCUUCCUUUAGUCCCAAACCCAACACUUGUUCGAAUACCAAGCACUUAUACUUUCCUCUUUUUCACUGGACACUAGUCAAAGGCCAGACAGAGCUAUCAGCUGCCCCCCUGAGUAGGGCCUCAAUGCCAGUAAGACUUAAAAGUUUUCAAUUUGUUCUUAUUAUUUUUGUUUUUUAUUCCACAUCUGUCACACAAGGUCACUCAUACCUGUUUACAUUUUUAAAUGUACAUAAAAAAACACACUUUCUAAAGGGUGCUUAAGCAUUGAGAUGAUAAUGUCUUACAUGGGGUGCUGUGAAGUUCUCCAGCAGAGUGUGAGGACCUGCUGCCUGCCACUCAGGGAGCUAGCUGUGAUCUCUUGUCCCUUUAUUACCAGUGUCGUCUUUUGGCCUUGUACUCCUCACACCUUUGCACCUAAGAUGAGACCCAUAACCAUACAGUAAUCACUGUGGACGUAAGUUAUAUUUUUGUGAAUGUUACUCACAAAGUGUCAAAGCCCUUCCCGUUUGUCCUAAUAUUGUAACAUUAAAUUUACGAGACAUAGGAAUUUAAAAAAAAAGAAAUCAGUUAAAGUUUAAGAUGAAUUUCAUUAUUGGGAUUUAAUGUUUCUUUUGCUGUGAUUUUCAUUUAUUUGUCAGUCUUUUAUCCACUUUUUUCUUUACAUGUCUCCACUUUUGUCUUGUAAAGUCAGUAAUCUAUUUUUUUUUUUAAUUGAAGAAAGAUUAA